GGUUUACCAUGAGGCAGAAGAUUACGAGCACCAGACUCCUCCCCCUAAGAAUCGAAAAUCAAGAAGAAUGACGAUCGACAUCUCCAUCAUUGGCCCACGUGGCGUUAGGAAGACAGCGUUGAUUCGUAGAUUUUGUCACCUCGUGGGGGCCAAAUUCCCUAGCUCUAAGCCCCAUCGAGGUCAUCUCUCAACUCGAGUUAAUUUUGAGUUGGAUGAGGUUGGUGUUUCAUUGAACAUAUGGGAUGGGUACAGCAGUGGCUUGGCGUUGGCAAAAGGAGUUCUUCUGCUGUUUGAUCCAUUGGAGGACAAGCCUUUCGGAUGUUUAAGAGGCAGUGAUCAGAAAAAUUCGCACAGGGAAUACUCGUGUCGUCAUUUUGCUAGCCGGUAUUAAAGCCAAUGACAAUAUCGAUACAGUCGGCGGACGUGCGAUCGCGUUUGUUGAUCGUUUCGGGCUGCUGCCUUGCUAUUAUCACACCUCGGCCGAGCAGAUGAUUAACAUAAGACAACCCUUUGAAGAAUUGGUCCGAGGAAUCUUGCACACGUUUAGAUCGCCAGAAUCUUGGUUUACCAUAAAAUUGAAACAAGGGAGCAGGAGGCAAAAUGGUGAUCGACGUCUCCGUCAUUGGCCCACGUGGUGUUGGGAAGACAAAGUUGAAUAUAAAUUUUCUUUAUCGAGUAUAUCUGUAUCCGUAUCCGAAAUGAGUAAGCGGAUAUGGAUAAGGUAAGCUUCAUAUCCGAGCCAUAUCCGGACCGAAUGCACCCCUACAAAGGAGGGACUCUCUACUGGAUAGUGUAUGUGCCAGAAGAACAAGGAGGCUACUGCAGGGCUAUACUUAUGAUCGACAUCAAACAUGAUGUGUUUGAAGUUAUACCCCUCAUACCUGCACUAUUUAAUGGUUGUUCUAUACGUUUGCAUGAAUUAAAGAGGGCGCGUUUGUGUCGUGACAGAUACAGAGAUUAUGAAGAUACGGAUGCUUGAGAAUAGUAACAUUUAAAUGGGUCCGAGUGUUGAGUUUCUGUACAAAAAAAUUGCUUGAGGUGCUACUCAGGUCUUUUUGCAGGAUUACACCAACUUAUCGGCAUUUCAGGUGACAAGAUUCUGCUCGAGUUCUUCGCUGACAGUUCAGUCAGAAUUUGUUGUCAUGAUCUUCAGAAUGAUACCUGCGACGAGAUCUGGUAGGGAACCGGCCGUACUCUUUUCUUUCAUAGGGAAAGUCUUGUUCGUAGCCAAGAAAAUUGAUAGGCGUACAGCUUGAAUAAUGGAAGUUCAAUUUCUCAAACUUUUAAUCGAC